AAUACAUACACCUUGCGCACACCCUGUAAUACAGCCGUAACCCGCAAGCGAUCGGUAUCAACUGUUUUCCCAUUCUCGCUCGGCACACACCCGCGAUCGUGCGUCGAUAGUCGACAAACGAUUGGCGACGUCGAGCAGCUGGUUGCGUCUGUAGGGCCGCUGAGGCCGCGUUCUCACAACAUCUCCCUCCUUAGUACAGUAGGUAGAGGUCGAACCAACGCGGUACUCUUCUAUCUCUAGAAGAGCGGCGUGGUGAUAGUGCCGACUGUUCUUCCGUUCCGUGCGACUCUCGAGAGAUGAAGUCGCUAGCAGGAGGUGCUGAUGGUGGUUGUUUCACGGGUGAUGACGAUGAGAACGAACCCGAUGAUGCCGAUGGUAAUGAUGACGAUGACGAUGAUGACGAUGACGAGUGCGAUGCGGACGAUGGCAAUGACGAUGAUCACGAUGGACCAGACUGUCCGGACGAUGACGAUGAUGAUGAUGAUGAAGGCGAUGGACUAGACGACGUCAGUGAUGAUGGCUGGCUGGACGAUGAUAGACGAUGGUAACAACGAUGAAGACGAUGGACCAGAUGACUACAGUGGUAAUGAACACGGAGAGCUGAAUUCGUUUAGCAGGAUAUGCAGCGGCAAAAGGUUCUGAUUCUGCUGCACGGUUGAACCUCGUCGACGAAGCUGGUUAAUAUGACUCCGUAUUAUUCGAUGGUCCUUAGUCAUUACACGGUACAUCACGUUUCCGCAUUUACGAAGUAUUUUGCAUGACUUCCACUUCCAUCCGUUUCUUGCUGGAGCAUCAUUAUUUGGCACUUGCGGAUUAGGUGUGGCCCGGUAUGUUUGUAAAAAUAUUUCCAGUGCGUCCUCAAUUGCAGUUCCAUCGCUCGAGAUUUUACUUAUAUCGCGCUUGAAUGUAUCCACGAAGCGAUCCGCUUGCCUGUUCGAUUGAGGGUGGAACGGGGCGGUAGUGAGGUGAUGUAUUCCGUUGCAUGUGCAAAAAUCCUCAAAUUCGGAACUUAUGAACUGACGACCGUUAUCGCUCACGAGAGUGAUUGGCAUACCGUAGCGUGCAAAAAUGCUGGUCAGGAUAGGUAUGGUCGCUUUAGACGUCGCGCUGGCAGUUCUUAUAAUCUCAGGC